AUGAAGGCGUGUUUUGUUCUUGCUAUGCUAUUCGGCUUGCUGGCCAUUGUUAGUGCAAGGCUGGUCAGAGACAGGAUGCUUCCACGCUUCUAUCCACGUAUCCGAGAGGUUGAUAUAUGCAGCUUGGAUAUCGAAGCUGGACCAUGCAUGGCUCUCUUCCACAGAUACGGUUUCUCUCCUGAAAAAGGAGAAUGCGUUGAGUUUUCGUACGGCGGUUGCCAAGGCAAUAUGAACAACUUCGAAACUAUGGAAGAAUGCAGGAGGAUGUGUCACGGACGAAGAUUUAACCCCUGGAAAUUUUUCGGCAAUUUUGGUACCAGCCAUUAA